GAAGUUGGAAUGAACAAACAUGAAUACUUUUAUUUGCUGACAACUCUUGAUUUUUCUCGCUUAGAUUUUAGACGCUUUAUUCAUGGGGGCGUUAAUCUGACUGGAUUUGAUAUAAUUGACCCAAAUAACAAGCAGUACAAGCGAUUCGUCCGAAAAUGGGAAAAUGCAAGUACGAAUGAAUACCGUGGUGCUGGUGGCCAAUUGAUGUCAGAUUCAGCACUUGCAGUUGAUUCGUUACAAGUGAUAACAGAAACCUUCAGUGAAAUGUUAUCUAAGGACAAACCCAUCUUUCAAGGAAGUUUCCGAAGGGCGUCUGUUUAUAAUAAUUAUACAAGACCGGGAAUACCUUGUACAAAAAUCCAUCAUUCUGAACCGGAACCCCCACCAUGGAUGCAUGGGCAGGCUAUUUUAGAUACAAUCAAAAAGGUAGAUUUCCAAGGAUUGACAGGCCGUGUGAAUUUUACAGAGGAUGGAUCCCGAAAGAAUUAUAUUAUACAUGUAUUUAGUGUUGGACUCCACCAUCAAACUCCAACGAAGAUAGGUUCAUGGACUCCAGACAAUGGAUAUUCCAGUUUGGACGCAGACACACGACGAGAACCUGUCGGAACCAACUUCACUGACAGUAGUGUGAAAGUUAUAACAACAAUACUAUCAAAACCAAUGCUGAUGAGAAAAGAUCCUGCAAAGAUAUUAGAAUCCAAUCUAACAGGAAAUGAUAUUUAUGAAGGAUUUGUUCCCGAUUUUGCCAAACUAUUAUCUGAUAGAAUAGGAUUUCAGUACAAAAUAAAAGAAGUUACCGACGGAAACUAUGGACGUGAAAAUGCUAUAACAAAAGAAUGGGAUGGUAUGGUGAAAGAACUUAUCGAUGGUACUGCUGAUAUGGCUCUAGCGGAUUUUACAAUAACAUAUGACAGGGAAAGGGUUGUAGACUUUACAAAACCGUUUAUGGAAGUAGGAAUAUCAAUAAUGAUUAAAAAACCAGAAAUAGAAAAACCUGGAGUCUUUUCAUUCAUGAAGCCAUUCAAUUUUAAGAUCUGGAUCUUUAUUAUGCUAGCAUACGGAUCUGUCAGUAUUGGAUUAUUUCUUGUAAGCAGAUUUAGUCCAUACGAAUGGACAAAAGUGAAAGGGGAAAAAGACCCACAAUUAAACGAAGAAUUUUCAAUGUUGAAUUCUUUUUGGUUUUCUACAGGAGCGUUAAUGUUACAAGGAAGUGACUCUUGUCCAAGGUCAAUAUCAGGACGAGUGAUUGGAACUGUAUGGUGGUUCUUUGUAUUGAUAAUAAUUUCAUCAUAUACAGCCAAUUUAGCUGCUUUCCUUACCAUUGAACGUAUGGUUGCACCAAUAGAAACAGUGGACGACCUAGCAAAACAAACACAAAUUAAAUACGGAUGCGUUAAUUCAGGAACAACACGAGAGUUUUUUGCGGGUUCACUUGUCCCUAUUUAUCAAACAAUGUGGAAUUUUAUGAUGUCGAAUCCUCACAAUAUGUGCAACACGACAAGUGAGGGCAUAGAAAGAGUGCGCAGUUCUAAAGGAAAAUACGCUUUCCUUGUAGAAAGUAAUAUAAUAGAAUACGAAAACAGUGUGGAGCCAUGUGACACUUUUAAAGUUGAUAGAAAUCUCAAUACAAAAGGAUUUGGUGUAGCCACUCCGAAAUAUUCACCCUUACGCGAUGUUCUAAAUCUUCAUGUAUUAGAACUAACUGAAGAUAGUACUUUGAUAAAACUGAGAAAUAAAUGGUGGACUGAUCGAAGUCAGUGCGCACCUAAUGGUGGCAAGGACACUUCAAGAAAGAAUUCAUUAUCAUUAAGUAAUGUUGCUGGAGUAUUUUAUAUUCUUAUCUGUGGAUUAGUAGUAGCAGUUAUAUAUGGUGCUUUGUCAUUCAUUAUCCUAAAAGUACGACUAAUACCCAUAACAAGUUAUGCAAAAGCUAUGACAUCAUCAACAGCCGCCUUAGAAAAUGAUAAAGGGAAUGGUAGCCUUAGUGAAUAUGCAAUAAAUAAUGGUCAUUCUCAUUCGGAUAGAGACGUUAAAACGUAUACAUAUAAUCCACCUCCGAUGAUUGGAUUUGAAGCCUUCCAGCAACCACAGGAACAUUCUGAUGUGUGAUAUUCUGGGAUAUGAAGAUUUUAACUUUUUCAUAUUCAGAUGCUAUUUAUAUUGAAACAUGACAGAAUGAAACUUGAGCAUUAAAAAGAGUAGAUCAGUGAAUAGGACAGUAGAUGUCUUGUAUACAAAAACAGAUACAUGAGACAUGCUAGAAUGAAUGAUUAAGAGUAAUAGCUUGUACUUCAUCACAAAUGAUCUGCUAAAUGUGUUUAUCGUCCAGAUUUCUGGACAUACAUGUUCCUAUUGCUGCGCUUUCCGCUUCUCAAAACAACAUCAUAAACAUACUGCUUGUUUAACAGUAUCGAUUUCAAUUAGACUUUAAAAUUCUGGAAACUUAACCAGAUUGGUGGAAAGUAGUUGAAUUGACGGAAGUGUUAAGCAGAUAACGAUUGGUUUCAAAACACAACUAAAGUUAAAAACAGUUCACAGUGUGCAUAAUUAAAGUCUUUUAUUAUUUUACUCUGUAGUCGAAAAAAAUGUUUAGAGUUACCUCCCUUUGUACGUUUUAUAUUAAAGGAAAUAGCAAACAAUCCAUAACAAGUUAGAAAAUUGGCACAACUUGUCGGAUGCUUCUUUAUAAGACAUGUGUUUGUUUUAAAAUGUGUCGGUACUACAUUUUUCAAAUAAGAGCAAACACACACGAAGAUUUCUAGAAGUAAACAAACAAACGAAAUGUACAUGUUCAUUUAGAUUUGAUAGUCAAAUUGUAUAUUAAAUAGCGAAAAUCUUUUCGAAAUUAUAACUGGUGUACACCGUUUUCGGCAUUUAUGCUCGAUUAUGAAUCAAUUAUGGCAUUGUAAUUGUUCUCAUAUUUGUCUUAUUCACAAUAUCAAAAGAUUGAAAUAAUAAGUCCAAUGAUUUUUUUUUAUUAAAGUGACACCUGGUUUAUUUUUUUGCGUCCACAGUGCUUUUCUGGCAUUACCUUCUCCAGAGACGCACAAACACAAACAUUUCAUUUAAAUAAGUAAAAUGCCACAACACAACAGAUGAGAGCAUAAUUUUUGAAAUGUAAUAGUUGAUACAAAUAUAGAUGCACCAUGAAUACUAGUAUCAAAUCAUGUUUGAAGUGUUUGUUUAUCUAGUUUAAUAUUUAGUGGAUUUUUGUGUGACAAAACAUGAAAAGAACUUGAAAAAAACAUAGUAUAUCUCUGUAUAUAUUUCUUUCCGCCAUUGAUACUUACACUCGUAUUUAUAAAAUUUAAUGAUUACUAAAUAUUUAUUAGUCCAGAUUUUAGAGAAAUAAUCAAGAACCAUUUUUUUCACAAUAACAUGUAUCUAUAAUACUAAAAUUACGAGGUCCAAUUUGUCAGCCGUCAUCACGUAAAAACGAAGAAUCAAAGAAUUCAACUUUAUAUAUAACUAACUUAGUACAAAGGUGUAGAUUUAAAAUUACACCACUCCAGGCCCUUUUGUUUUCCACGUAAUUAAUGUUGCCUAUAAUUAAGAAGUUCCGGGUCGAGUCCGAUACCGAUAUCAAUAGUAUAUUCACCUGUUACCUAUUACCUUAUCUGUACGUUCCGCAUCUGACAGGCGCACCAACAAACGGUGUAUUCAGGAUUAAUAUGCUAUUUACACGGGUCAUAAUCACAGGGUUGACACUA